CUGUGAAUCUACAAAUCAGUUCCUCCCCAGACUCCCGCCAAAAGCCCAGCCUCUUCCCAUCUGUGCAUCUCUGGCGCUAUUCAAAAUUCCUCCUCCCCCAAUGCCCUCCCAGGCACCCUCUUUUGGGGGGCCUGUGACACUAAAUGUGGGAGGAACCCUGUAUGCUACUACCUUGGAAACUCUAACUCGAUUCCCAGACUCAAUGUUGGGAGCCAUGUUCAGAGAGGGUGCGGCACUGCCCCCCAAUUCUGGCUCUCAAGGUAGCAACUACUACUUUAUCGAUCGGGAUGGUAAAGCCUUUCGUCACAUCCUCAAUUUCCUGCGCCUGGGCUGCCUGGACUUGCCUAGGGGUUAUGGGGAGACAGCCCUCCUGAGAGCUGAGGCUGAUUUCUACCAGAUCCAGCCCCUACUAGAAGCACUUAGGGAAUUGGAGGUAACUCAGGGAACUGAGGUGAUCACAGCUGCCUUGUUUCAUGCAGAUGUGGAUGCUACCCCCCGACUGGUCCACUUCUCAGCUCGUCGAGGUCCCCACCACUAUGAACUCAGUGCUGCUCGAGUUGACACCUUUAGAGCCAAUAUCUUCUGUACAGAUCCCAUCUGUCUUGGGGUACUUCGAGCCCGGUUCGGAGUUGCUGAAGGGGAAGGAGAAGGAAGUCCCCAUUUCCAUUUGGAAUGGGCUCCCUGCCCAGAAGGACUCCCAGAAGUUGAGUAUCGACGUCUAGGAUUGCAGCAACUAUGGGUAGUAGGAGAAGCUGGUGAGAAGCGGGAGGUAGUAGGGACAUCUGGGUUCUUGGAGGAAGUGCUCCAGGUGGCUCUAGAACAUGGCUUUCGACUUGACUCUGUCUUCCCUGAUCCUGAGGACCUGCUGAACUCCCGAUCGCUGCGUUUUGUCCGACAUUGAAAGAAAAGAAGGCAAUAAAGUUGGGAAUGCAAUCCCUCCAUCCUCUUAGAGCCAAAAGAGAUUUAGUACUUUAUAAAAUGACUUGGAGGAGGUCGGAGCUAUGAGAGUUAAGGGGGACUUCCAGUCUAUCUCUUGACUGAAGCUUCAAUUCCGAAAGAAAUAGGAAAUUGGAAAAACCACCCCUCCCUCAUUUCCAACCUAAGAUUUUAUCAGAUUACUUUGAAGGAUCCAGAUCUCUCCUUGCAGAGCGACACUCUUGAAGAGAUUCCAAGACCUUCCCCCCAAUUUCCACCUUCAAAGUCUUCCUGUUGACUCGGUUCUGGCAAUUCACAGCAAGCAUUCAGCACUCCCAACCUCCAAGGACCACUCACAUACCUAACUUCCCACCACAAAUACCACCACCACCACACUAGUCAGUGACUCAAAUAAAUAUAGAUGGAAUUAGAACCCCCCAUACUAUGCCACCAGAUCCUCUUUCAUCUAGACCCUGAAAAAUCAACUGGAAACAUUGGCCCUGUGGUUAUCUCCAGACUUUUUUUUUCUCAUCAGCUGUGGAUUUUGUGGAUUCUCAGAGAGUCAACCUUCUUUGAAAAUUCAAUCAUUUUUGGAAAAAUCUCCCUGCCACAUUAGAAAAUCCAUGUUGGAGGUGACAUUAUCUUGUUUUAAAACUAACGAGGUAUGUUUAAUUAUGGGUGUUUGUAUAUUCAUGUACAUUCCGACUCAGGGUAAGACACCCCUCAUCUUCCCUGGCAUUUUUCCUAUUGUCAUUAAAUAGCUUUAUUUUAAUCCCUUCA